AUGACAAAACAGGUCGUAGGGGGCGGCGCGGUAGGUCUCGCAACAGCCCGCGCACUCGCCCAACGCCCGGGAACAUCCACAGUUGUCCUCGAGCGCCACGGCGCUGUCGGCACAGAAACGUCCUCACGCAACAGCGAAGUUAUCCACGCCGGUCUCUACUACGGCGCCGGUACCCUCAAGACGGAGCUCUGUAUCCGCGGCAAGGAGCUCCUCUACGCCUUCUGCCGCGAGCGUGGCGUCGCACACGCCAACACCGGCAAGUGGAUCGUCGCGCAAACGCCCGCGCAGCGCGAGGCUCUGCAGCGCGUGCAUGACUUUUGCAGAAACGAGAUCGACGUGCCCAUUCGAUGGGUCGGCGAGGAAGAGGCGCGCCGCCUGGAGCCGGGUGUGCGCGGCGAAGCCGGCAUUCUCGACAGCCCGACGACGGGUAUUGUCGAUUCGCACGGCUUGAUGGUCGGCCUGAUGGGUCUGUUUGAGGAUGCUGGCGGCGAAGUUGCGUUGACCUCGGCCGUGACGGGUGUGACGCCGCUGGGUGAGAAGGGCAGUCAGGGGUGGGAGGUGCGUGUUCGGGACUCGACCACGGGGGAGGAAAGCUUAGUGACGGCCGAAGUGCUGGUGAACGCGGCAGGUCUCGGAUCCGUCGACCUUCACAACAUGAUUGUGCCUCUCGAGAGAAGGCGGGCUUUGUUCUAUGCCAAGGGAAAUUACUUCUCGUACUCCAGCUCGAAGCCAAAGGUCGGCAGGCUAAUCUAUCCGGCGCCCGAGCCGGGUGCCGGUGGUUUGGGCACGCAUUUGACACUGGAUCUCGCUGGGAGGGUGCGCUUUGGACCCGAUGUGGAAUGGGUAGACUCACCCAAUGAACUGGCGGUCAACGGUUCACGGUUGCCCCUGGCCAUUGAAGCCAUCAAGAAGUACCUGCCGGAACUCGACGAAAGUUGUCUCGAGCCAGACUACGCCGGCAUUCGACCCAAGCUAGGACAGUUGGGCGCUGUUGCACAAGGCACAGGUUUCCACGACUUCGUCGUAAGAAAGGAAGAGGGAUAUGAAGGCUGGGUGAACCUGCUCGGCAUAGAAUCUCCAGGCUUAACAAGUUGCUUGGCCAUCGCGGAGCGGGUGGAUAAGAUUCUGUACGAAUAA